GAGAGCAUAAGGACAGCACUACAAGGUGGAAACAGACAUCUGAAAUCAAAGCCAAGCAUCGAAUCCACCUCCCAUUGGAUUGCACAGCGCGCUGCUUCGCAAGCUGAAGCGCUAAAGCAAAACUGCUGAGCCCCAGCCUGUUCAUAACACCACGAGAACGCGCUCUGUCUGCUCCAGCACUAGCUUUCCCGAGCAGCUGCUAACCCCUGGAUGCACAGUAGCCAGCUCAAUAGGAGCUGGAAGACGAGUAACUUUUGCAGAAAAAUAAAGAGCAAGCAAAGGAACAUGAAUGACUUUAAAAUUGCAUUGCUGGGCUGUGAAGGAGCUGGCAAAUCAGCACUUGUGGUGCGAUUUCUCACCAGGCGUUUCAUCGGAGAGUAUGCGUCUAAUACAGAAUGUUUUUACAGGAAACGUGUGUCUUUUGAUGGGAAACCAGUGAACCUUGAGAUCUAUGACCCAUGCUCACAGCAAUGUGAAGGCAAGUCAGAAAUAAGCAAGGUGUACUGGGCAGAUGGGUGUAUAAUUGUGUAUGAUAUCAGCGAUCGAUCGUCCUUCACUUAUGCCAAAGCCUUGAUACGCAAAAUAAGAGAUUUACAGUAUAAUAUUCCUAAAAGAGAGAUAGAGACUGCAAUCUUCUUGGUAGGCACCAAGCAGGAUUUGUGUCACAUACGAGAAGUUGAACAUGAAGAAGGGAAGAAGUUGGCAGCAGAAAAUCAGUGUCUAUUUUACGAACUGUCUGCAGCAGAACAGUAUCAACAGGUUGUAAUGCUGUUUACCCAGAUUUUGCAGAGUACCAGCACUAACAUUAAGCUCAAGGAGAAGAGAAGACCUAGUGGUUCAAAGUCAAUGGCCAAGUUAAUAAACAAUGUGUUUGGGAAGAGGAGGAAGUCUGUAUAGAAUAAUGACAGACUAAAUGUUUGCCUUGAUAUAUUUUCCUGUGCUGUGAGUGCACAUUGCUGUAUAUUACUCGUAAGUUAAUAUGGGUCUGUGGUAUGACACAGAAACCUGAGUCACUCACAUUGUUUUAAAAUGGUGAGAGGCAGAUUAUCUUUUUUGAGCUAGUACUCACUUGUAGUGUUGCUCAAUAAGAUUUGCAGCAAAUGCUGUAAAGGUAAUUGAUAAGGUUAGAAGAUGUAGCCCGCUACUAUUAUUACAAUGUGCCAAAAUACCUACUUCCUGAGGUAUGAACUGCACGGGAGAAAAUAUAGUAGUUCAUUGGGACAGCUUUUCAUUUUGAUUGCGAGAUCUACAGAGCAAUCAGAAUGGGAGAAGUUUACAGGAACCCUAUGGGCUCAAAAGUUUUUUUUUUUUGUAGCUUUCUUCUGGCAAAUCCAAAGGGUUACAGAGUAGGUAAAGUCUUUAUUUUCUAAAAGUAACAGCUCUGUGAUAUCUAUUUAUGGAUGUCAUAUUUAUUGUAAACCUAUAGUAGGUCUGCCAGAGUUCUGGCUAAGGAUGCAGUAAUCACACAUAUGUCAUAGUCCAUUAAAAGAUUUGUGUCUUUUUUAAAGUGAAAUAUUGUGGAAAAUAUAUUAAGUUCAUAGUUAUACUUCCAAAAGCUUUACAUGUCCAUAGCUGAUACUAAAGACAGUUUGCAGAAAACUCACUGUUAACCUCAGUAAAGGUGUUUGAUCUAGCAGAUCAAGUCACAACAAUACAAGUAAAAUGAUAAGCUGACAUAGGUAAGCAUUACAUUUACUUUAUGUAAACAAUUCUGUUUCCUUUCAUAAUGCAUAUGCAUUCUUUUGUGAACAAUUCAUUCAGUAUUUUCUUCACAGCUGUGAUUGUGCUGUCCAUAAAAUCCUACAGCAUUAGCAUCUGGCUAUAAUAUAAUGCCAGCUGUAAAGCUGAUAUUCGUUGUAAUUUAUAUACUUUAGUGGAAUAUGAAUUUUACAAAGACCAAAACCAGUUCUACUUUUAGUAUAAUAGACUAUAAUAUUUGGGUAUAAUAGUUUAAUAGUAAGGCUUAUAUUAUAAGCAGACCCUUAUUUGGACAGUAUGCCCCAGACAAGAAGAUUAAGCAGUCAUACAUUUUAGUAGAGAAUACUGGCAAAUGUCAACCUUUUUUAAGGAUACAUGGCAUUCAUAACGAUGCCGAAGUUUAGGAAGAGCAGUACAAUCGGUAUCCCAAUGUACCUUCUGGGAGUUUCAAUUUAUUAUGCUGUUCGUUUAGCUGAGUUUCAUCUGGAUCAACAAAUCCCUGUGUUUUAGCAAUAAAUAAAAUAUAAUUUUCUGUGAUAAUUUCAUUGAGAAGCUUAACCAUAAUAUAAUAUAAUAAAACACUGUGAUUUAUGUUUCAUCAAAUGUAGAAAAGAGUAUAUGUUCAUACAGCUGUUAUAAUGUGAAGGGGUAUGGGAAAAGGAAACAAAGGCCCUCUUGUUAUUUUAAAGGUAAUGCAAUCUAUAGUACAUCAUUUAGCAGAUGGCUUAUAUUCCCCAAACAAGAAAGAUUGCACUGAUCAGGAAUAUGUUUUGUUUUAUUUUUCUAUAAAAUGGUAUGUUUGUAAGAUAAUGCAAAAAAGUGCAAUUUUUUAUAUUUAUGUGCAGAUAUAUUUUGUAAACAAAAGUGUUACUUAUUUUCUUCAUUUCUAAUAUCAGAAUAUGGAAACAAAGUGGUCACUGUAAAUAUGAAGCACAUCUAUUUAUUUGUAUUUUUG